AUGGGGACUGAGGCCGACACCUUUCUUCCAGGCGCACUUCCAUUAGACACGAGCCACGUGCUACAGUGCCCUGCGUCGGCCCUUCCUUUUCUUCAGGAGCUGCGUUCGCGUCAUCCGGUCAACGAAAAUGACCCUUUCAAGAAACUGCCAGAGGUUCAGACUCCGUCCUCUGAGCACGCCACGCGUUCCACGGUCGCGGACGUGAAGAUGGAGUGUGUCGCAAGCGAGCCGGAGCGGGGUCUCACCGAGAACCUCGCGGAUACAUACGUGUCAUCGGGGAGCGCGUGCGUGGAUUUCCUCUUCCACGUGCUGCCGCUGACCGAGCGCGACGAUGCGCAGCGGCGGCUCGCGGCUGCGUGGGCAGAGGAUCCAGCCACGGCGCUGCGACUGGUGAUGCAGCUGCGCGCGGUGCGCGGCACGGGCAAAAGCGACCGCUCCAGCUUCUUCCACUGCGUCACGUGGCUUUACCAAGACCACCCGCGGACGCUCGUGCAAAAUCUGUGGCUGGUUCCGGAAUUUGGGUGUUUCAAAGAUCUUCUGGAGAUCGUGCGGCUCGCUUUGGCGGUGGAAGGCGCAGACCGCAUGGAGUACGGUGCGGUGGCUUGGAAUGGCGCGAAUAAGGGAAAUAAAAUGAUGAAGAAGCGCGACUGGAACGGGAGCAGAAAGCAGAAGAGACGGGAGAAGCGGGUGGAUGACGUCGUGGAGGACGAAACGGUGGCUUGGAAUGGCAAGAAAAAGGGAAAGAAGUUGAUGAAGAAGCGCGGCGGGAACGGGAGCAGGGGCGGCAAAGGAGGCGGGGAAAAGCAGAAGAUUCGGGAGAAGCGGGUGGCGGAGAACAGGCGGCAGAUGGCGGAGGAGAGCGAGCGCGCGGCGGUGGUGCGCAAGGAAGCGCUCGCGCGGAGGGCGGCGGCGGUGGUGCACGCGUACGAGAUGAGCGAGCGGCUGCGCGCCGUGCACAACGCGGUGGCGGCGAUCUUCGCGGCUGCGCUGAAGGCGGACCUGGAGACUAUGCGCGCGUUCGAAGAGGGGCGCGCGCGGAAGACCGGGGAGGGGGUGAAGGAAGAGAGCGGUGGCAAGGGCAAGAAGAAGCGCAAGUGGAUGGGGAUGCCAGCCCCGAAGCUCUCUCUGGCAGCCAAGUGGGCGCCCUCCCCUGGCAAGUCGUUCGAUCACUGCACAUUGCUCACCUCCUCCAUCGCCCUCCACCUCUUCCCCCCCUCCUCCUCUUCCCCCUCUUCCGCUGCUGCUGCUGCUGCUGCUGCUGCUGCUGCUGCUACUGAAUCUGAAAUGGAUGUGGACGGUGGAGCAGCAGCAGGCGGGGGGGGAGGGUACGUGCGAGUGGCGAAGGAGAGGCUGCAGAGGGAGGUGCUGGCGCCGCUGCGGAGAGCGCUGGAGGUGCCCGAGGUGCACAUGAGCAGCGGGCGGUGGGAGCACGUGGCGUACGGGCGCGUGCCGUCCGUGUGCAUGAAGAACACCCGCAAGCGCUUCCUCUCCCACGACGAGGCGCGCUUCAAGAAGUACCUCGAGGAUGUGAAGGGCGGGGAGGCAAAGAUCGCUUCGGGAGCGCUGCUGCCGCAUGAAGUGGUGAAAACGGCCAUGGCAGCAGCGGGGGAUAGAGUUGAUACAGUGGGAGAGCUGCAGUGGAAGGCUAUGGUGGCUGAUGUGCGCAGCAAGGGGUCGCUCGGGAACAGCAUGGCGGUGUGCGAUGUGUCGGGGAGCAUGGAGGGUAUACCCAUGGAGGUGGCAAUUGCGCUGUCGCUGCUCGUGAGCGAGGUGAGCAGCGAGCCGUGGAAGAACCACCUCAUUACCUUCUCCGCGCAGCCGAGGAUCCACCACGUGCAGGGCGAGACCCUGGUGGAGCGCGUGAGCAGCACACAGGGCAUGGCCUGGGGCUACAACACCAACUUCCAGGCGGUGUUUGACCUGCUGCUGUCCCGCGCGCAGCAGUUCGAAUUAGGCCCGGCCGACAUGGUGCAGCGCCUCUACGUGUUUUCUGACAUGCAGUUUGAUGAAGCACGUGGGCCCAGUGGGGGAAUCAGAGGCAGAGACCGUGGCUGGGAGACGGACCACCAGGCGAUCGUGCGCAAGUACACUGCAGCUGGUUACCCUGUGCCGCAGAUAGUGUACUGGAACCUGAGGGGGGAUGCGUCUGCGAGCAGCACGCCUGUGGCUGCGAGUGAGGAGGGGGUGGCGCUGGUGUCGGGAUUCAGCAAGGGGAUGCUGCUGACGGUGUUGGAGGGCAAGGAGCUUUCUCCCAUGACAGUGCUGGAGGAGGCUAUUAAGGGAAAGCUCUUUGAACUUGUUCAGGCCCCAUAUCCACCCUGCUCCUGCCAACCACCUGAGCCCUGUGGAAUCGAACCAGGGGGAGCAGGCAAUGCCCCACCAACUCCUGCAACCCCUGCUGCCCCUCCCGCAUACCCUCCCUGCCCAUAG